AUGCCUACACUGCAAGAGGAUGACCCAAUGGCUUCCCAGGUUGCCACCGCUGGUCCAGGCCAGGUAGCCCCAACUCAGGCGAUGAUGAGCCCUCGUGUCCAGAUGGCCUGUCGAGCAGAGUCCAGAGGUCGUUUCAGAGUAAAUUUCGUGCAGAGUACAGAGAGUAUUCUGAGCGGCGAUAGUGGAGGAGGAACUCCCAGCGAAAGCAGCUUAGGGCCUGGGGCCCUGCGCAGUUUUGGUCAUAACACCAUGGAUGCGGUGCCACGUAUAGAUCAUUACAGAAACACUAUGCCCUCUGGGGCUAUGAAGCCAGGGAGGCCAAGCCUGGCAGAACUGCAUGAUGAACUGGACAAGGAUUCGUUUGGUGGUUUUGCAAAUGGCGAUGGAGACAGCAUUUCGGAGAAUGAUCUGGUGUUGCAAGUGGUGGAGUCCAGUGGAGUCGUUAAAUUUGGUUGGAUUAAGGGAGUUCUGGUGAGAUGUUUAUUGAACAUCUGGGGUGUUAUGUUGUUCAUGAGACUUUCCUGGAUUGUAGGUCAAGCUGGUUUAGGCUGCACAAUUGUGAUUAUCUUAAUGGCCACAAUGGUAACAGUUAUCACUGGUUUGUCCACGUCAGCGAUCGCGACUAAUGGCUUUGUCCGAGGAGGUGGGGCAUACUACCUGAUCUCCCGCAGUCUUGGCCCAGAAUUUGGAGGUUCCAUCGGUCUGAUAUUUGCUUUUGCCAAUGCAGUGGCUGUUGCAAUGUAUGUUGUUGGAUUUGCAGAGACUGUCAGUGACUUAUUAUCUGAACAUGGUAUUACUAUAAUAGAAAGAACUCAUGACAUUAGAAUCAUUGGUUCUGUCACAGUGGUGCUGCUUUUGGGAAUCUCUACAGCUGGCAUGGAAUGGGAAACAAAGGCACAGAUCACCUUGCUUGGGAUACUGGUCGCAGCUUUGGCAAACUUUUUUAUUGGUACCUAUAUUCCAGCUGACGAGGACAAGAAAUCUAAAGGAUUCUUUAACUACAGAGCUGCUAUCUUCCUUGAAAAUUGGGGACCUGAUUACCGUGAUGGUGAAAGCUUCUUCUCUAUAUUUUCAAUCUUCUUUCCAGCGGCCACUGGAAUUCUGGCCGGAGCAAACAUAUCAGGCGACCUCGAGGAUCCGCAGUCUUCUAUACCGAAAGGAACAUUAUUGGCAAUUCUUAUAUCCACCACUACUUACCUGGCAGUGGCCGUCGUUUCAGCUGCUUGCAUUGUCAGGGAAGCUACAGGCAAUGUGACAGAGGCCAUUUCUGCCUGGGGUGAUGAAUGCAAGACUGCUGCGUGCACCCUUGGAUUUAAUUUCACAUCUUGCAGAGACACCCCCUGUAAAUAUGGACUGCUAAACAACUUCCAGGUGAUGGCGAUGUUUUCGGGAUUUGCUCCACUCAUUACAGCCGGCAUCUUUGCUGCAACACUCUCAUCCGCAUUGGCCUCGCUGGUCAGUGCCCCUAAAGUUUUCCAGGCCCUUUGCAAGGAUAAUAUAUACUCUGGGUUGCAGUAUUUUGCUAAAGGUUAUGGCCAACGGAAGGAGCCAAUUCGGGGUUAUAUCCUAACCUUCGUUAUUGCUCUUGGUUUCAUUCUCAUUGCUGAGCUGAACACUAUUGCCCCAAUCAUCUCGAACUUCUUCCUGGCCUCCUAUGCCCUCAUCAACUUUUCUUGUUUCCAUGCUUCCUUGGCGAAGUCCCCAGGCUGGAGACCGGCGUUUAAAUACUACAAUCUGUGGGUGUCUCUUUUGGGAGCCAUUUUAUGCUGCGGAGUCAUGUUUCUCAUAAACUGGCAGGCAGCUCUCCUGACCUGUGUAGUUGUUCUUAGCCUUUACAUAUAUGUCACUUACAAGAAACCAGAUGUGAAUUGGGGAUCUUCAACCCAGGCACUCACUUACCUUAAUGCUCUUCAACACUCUAUUCGUCUGUAUGGAGUGGAGGACCAUGUGAAGAAUUUCAGACCACAGUGCCUUGUCCUGACCGGAUCCCCUGUAGCACGACAGGCAUUGGUGGACCUUGCCCAUUCUUUCACCAAAAAUGUUGGACUAAUGAUAUGUGGACACGUCCAUGUGGGUUCCCACAGGCAGUGCCAGAAGGAGAUAAUGUUAAACCAGGCCAAGUACCAGAAAUGGCUUAUCCAGCACAAGAAGAAAGCCUUCUACUCUUCAGUUUGUGCCGAGAAGUUUAGACAAGGAGUUCUAUACCUGAUCCAGGCAGCUGGCCUGGGUCGUAUGAAACCAAACACACUGGUCUUGGGAUUUCAGACUCUGCGGACUAUAUCUGAGCAGAUAUCUGUGGAUGAAUAUGUAAAUAUAAUACAUGAUGCAUUUGAUUUCCAAUAUGGUAUCAUUAUAUUAAGACUUAAGGAAGGCCUUGAUGCUACAGAACAUGGAGAAGUUAUUGCUUCUAAAGAAAAAGUGAAAAAAACUUCAACUGCAGGAAAGAAUGUUGAAGGUGAUUCUGAUUCUCAAAUCAAUGGAGCAACAAGCCCUGAGGUUGCAUCACCGUCAGUUACUUCUGCUGGACACAAGAUCUCCACAGACAGUUCCUCUCGGUUCCAGAGGAAACAGGGAAAAGGGACCAUUGAUGUCUGGUGGCUGUUUGAUGAUGGAGGUCUGACUCUGCUGAUACCAUACCUAUUAACUACCAAGAAACAGUGGAAAGAAUGCAAAAUCCGUGUCUUCACCGGAGGAAAAAUUAACGCUAUUGAUGACAGCAAACGCAUGAUGGCAACGUUACUGAACAAGUUCCGCAUCAAUUAUUCUGAUAUUCUAAUUAUUGGAGAUAUAAACAAGGCACCCAGGCCAGACAGCAUAAAAUGCUUUGAAGAUCUUGUGGAACCGUACCGGCUGCAUGAAGGAAAUGUGGACAACAUCACAGCAGAAGAGAUGAAGAGAAAGGAGCCAUGGAAGAUCUCAGAUGAUGAAUUAGAGAUGGUUAAAGAGAAGACACUGCGUCAGAUCCGUCUCAAUGAACUGCUACAGGAGCACUCCACGUCUGCAAACCUUAUAGUUGUAACGAUGCCGGUUGCGAGGAAAGGAGCUGUUUCGAAUGCUUUAUAUAUGGCCUGGCUGGAAACCCUAUCCAAGGAUCUGCCGCCGGUUCUGUUAAUUCGGGGAAAUCACCGGAGUGUCUUAACCUUCUAUUCUUAAAUCUGACCAAAGUCUGUUGUGGACAAAUGACUAUAAAACUUACAGUGGUCUCAGGGAAGCAGUGACUAGAUGUUUCUGAAACAAGAUUAACACAAAAUUUAAAAUUAGCAUCGUUACUUGAAGGGCCAAUUCUGAUACUGAAAACUACAAGCAAUUCCUUUAACCCCUUAAGGACACAUGACAUGUGUGACAUGUCAUGAUUCCCUUUUAUUCCAGAAGUUUGGUCCUAAAGGGGUUAAGGGUAGAACAUUCAAAGGCCAAUUGCAAAAUUUGGUAAACAAUAGCUGAAGGGAAAAAAAAUCUCUAGGUUUAUAGGCAAAACUUGUCUAUUCUCGCCUGAAUCAAUAUUGUUUUCAGUUUACUGUAAGGGAUAUUACAGGGUUUUAAUUUAACCCCUUAAGGACACAUGACAUGUUAUACAUGUCAUGAUUCCCUUUUAUUCCUGAAGUUUGGUCCUUAAGAGGUUAAACAGGGCUCCCAACAGUCCCUCUUUUGGCAGCACAUAACUGAUUUCAGGGUACUGUCCCAAUGGCCCAAUUUAGUUCCCUGGUGGACAACAUCCGGAGACCACAUCUGGGGACACCAGGGAACUGUAUGAAUGCAUUAUUUGACACACUAGCCCUAUGAAACGAGUACUAAGACUAUGUGGAGAGUACUUCAGCAGCAAAUAGGAGGCCAACCGAGCAUGCAUGACGCCUCCUUAGGCAGGCAAACACGCCCACUUCCUGAGCUGACCUGACCAAUGUUGGUGUUGUCAGUGACACAAGUGGCGUCACUGACAAUGCCCCCUAGAAGGUCUGCACCCCCUUCCUUAUUAUAUACCUCACAAUGCUGGGAGGUAUGAUUUAACUAUGAAUUGUUGAAAAUUCACCAACAAAUUGAAAAUUGAAUACCAAAAUAGGUGACCUGGAGACAUAUCAUGGGGAAAAGAAAGUACACUUUAUUUGAAUUCUAUGGUUUUACAUAUCAGGACACAAUAAAAAUAAUCUGUUCCUUAGCAGGUAUUAAAAGUAGGCAA